AUGGCGCGAGUGUUUCUUCUGUGGUUGGUGGUCACCUAUGCUGCCUCUGUGACGGUAAAUGCGGCUUCUGGAAACCCGAGCCUUCCUGUAUCAGCGAACGAUGUGUUGACACCAUUGUCAAUCGUUGGGAAGCCGACCGAGCAAAGUACAACAUAUCUGGCCCAAUACUCGUCAGAUAAAGCUGUAGAUGGCAGUCAGGACACCAGACUGUACCCAAACGGUGUCUGCUCUCACACUCAUCAGGAAGCCAAUCCAUGGUGGAGAGUAGAUCUUGGAGCAGAACACUGCAUUGCUAAAGUGACCAUUCUCAACCGUGGAGACUGCUGCAGUAACCGUUUGACGAGUGCCGUUGUUCGGGUGGGUUUGAACAAUGACGUCCUAACCAAUGAUCAGUGUGGCUCGGCUGUGACGGCUGCACAAGCCUCACCAUUGGGCGGAACCAUCGAGUUCAACUGUGAGUCACCGAUGAGGGCGCAAUACAUCAGUGUCAACAUUCCCUCAGGUGGUGUUCUGCAACUUUGCGAAGUGACGGUUGAAGAAUUUCCUUUGGAAGUGUGUUCCCCACCAGUAGUCCAAGCAGCACCUUUGCCAAUCGUUGGGAAGCCGACCGAGCAAAGUACAACAUACCUGGCCCAAUACUCGUCAGAUAAAGCUGUAGAUGGCAGUCAGGACACCAGACUCUACCCGAACGGUGUCUGCUCUCACACUCAUGAAGAAGCCAACCCAUGGUGGAGAGUAGAUCUUGGAGCAGAACACUGCAUUGCUAAAGUGACCAUUCUCAACCGUGGAGACUGCUGCAGUAACCGUUUGACGAAUGCCGUCGUUCGGGCCGGUUUGAACAGUGACGUCCUAACCAAUGACCAGUGUGGCUCGGCUGUGACGGCUGCACAAGCCUCACCAUUGGGCGGAACCAUCGAGUUCAACUGUGAUUCACCGAUGAGGGCGCAAUACGUCAGUGUCAACAUUCCUUCAGGUGGUAUUCUGCAACUUUGCGAAGUGACGGUUGAAGAACUUCCUUUGGAAGAAUGUUCUCCAGCGUUAGACAUCGGUAGGGCGGAACUUGACAUCGUUGGAAAACCGACGAAACAAAGUAGCGAUUUCAAUGGAAAACUAACAUCAGAUAAAGCUGUAGACGGUAGUCAGGAUAGCCUGCUUAACACUAAUUUUAAGUGUUCACACACAGGUAAAGAGAACGCCCCCUGGUGGCGAGUUGAUCUGGAAGAUGCGUACACCAUCUCAAAGGUCACCAUCCUCAAUCGCGGGGACUGCUGCAACGGGCGUUUGACGGGGGCUGCUGUACGUGCUGGAAUGUGCGGCGGUGAGGUGACCAACAACCAGCAGUGUGGCUCGUCUGUUACCAGCGAACAAGCCGCAGUACCAGGUGCAACCAUCGAGUUCGUGUGUGACCCACCGCUGAGGGCGCGCUAUGUCAGCGUUGAUCUUCAGUCCGAAGAAGGAGAGUACCUACAGCUGUGUGAAGUGACGGUGGAACAAGUCCUAUAA